UUGUGAGUGUCUGUCGAGUGAGAUAGCGGCCCGUCAGCGCCACAGAGAAGUCUAGAACAUACGAGACUAAGGCGGGCGGCACAGUAAACGCGCUCGUCUCGCGCUGAACGCUUGGAAGGUGGGUUACGGAGUGACGCAAUCGCGUCCGGAACACUAAGUCUAAAGAGCAACUGGAACGUCGUGGAAUGUGCGGGAAGUUUUCUUUCGUUAGGUAGCUGCAGUGGGGAGUACUUUUCUAUUUGUAAGAUACUUAGAUAGCUGGCAGCCUCGCGCUACCUCGGUUAAACUUGCCCACCGUUUCCCUCGUGAUAUCCCAUGCAUGGACACUGAGAGACAAUCGCCGGAUUGGGCUCAAAUACAUCAAAACUGCCGUUUGCACUGAGCACAGUCGCUAGUAGCUAGCCUACGCAACAGGGCUUCUCAGAAUCUAAACGCUUCACGCUGGGAGAACGGAAGCUUCCAGGGCGAAGCUUGUGGCCAUGUUGUGCUGGGGGAAUGCUUCCUUCGGCCAGCUUGGCCUGGGCGGCAUCGAUGAGGAGAUUGUGCUGGAGCCACGGAACUGCGAGUUCUUCCGCGGAAAGAAGGUGCUGGAUGUGGGCUGCGGCCACCGCCACACAGCCUUCUUGCUGAACGACGGCACGGUGUACACCUGUGGUUGCAAUGACCUCGGCCAGUUAGGGCAUGACAAGUCAAGGAAGAAACCAGAACAAGUCACUGCCCUGGACGCUCAGAAUAUUGUGGCUGUGUGUUGCGGGGAGGCCCACACCCUGGCCCUGAAUGACAAGGGUCAGGUGUUUGCCUGGGGUAUGACCUCUGAUGGACAGCUGGGCCUGCCCAUGGCGGAGGAGUGCACCCGUGUUCCCAGAAAUAUCAAGAGCUUAUCAGAAGUUCAGAUUGUACAGGUGGCCUGUGGAUACCGGCACUCCCAUGCACUGUCCAGAGGAGGUAGCGUCUUUUCCUGGGGACAGAAUAAACACGGACAGCUCGGCCUUGGAAACGACUGCAAAAAUGUCUUCUCUCCGAAGGUCAUCCAAUCUCUGCAGGGGAUUCCUUUUGUGCAGAUCUCGACAGGUGGUGCCCACAGCUUUGCCCUCACCAUGUCCGGAGCGGUGUUUGGGUGGGGCCGCAACAAGUUUGGCCAGUUGGGCCUCAAUGACACCAAUGACCGAUAUUUCCCUACCUUACUGAAAUCCCUGAGGUCUCAAAGGGUCGUGUACAUCUCCUGUGGAGAAGAUCAUACAGCUGCAUUAACAAAGGAGGGUGGUGUCUUUACCUUUGGAGCUGGAGGUUACGGUCAGCUUGGGCACAACACUACAAACCAUGAAAUAAACCCCAGGAAAGUUUUUGAGCUCAUGGGCAAUGUAGUCACACAGAUCGCUUGUGGCCGGCAACACACUUUGGCCUUCAUUGCUUCCACUGGGAAAAUCGAUUCCUUUGGACUCGGUGGAAACGGACAACUUGGCACUCGGUCCACAUGCAACAGGAAGAGCCCUGCUCCGGUGAAAGGCAACUGGGUUCUGUACAGUGACGUGUGUCCUGCUGAAAUAGAUGCUCAACAGUGUUGUGUGAGAAGAAUAUAUGCCGGUGGUGACCAGAGUUUUGCCCAUUUCUCAACUCCAGAGAAUGCUGUGCCUCCAGAUGACUUCCGAAUACCGCCUCCUGGCAAAGAUAUUUUCACACUGAACACAGAUGUUAUUGAGAGAUGGUUGAGUCAUGGACAAGGACGACUCUCUACAGAGAUUGUCAAUGAAAUCGAUGUCCUUUUUUCUUCUGCAAGUUGUCUUAAUGGGAGCUUUCUUUGUGGAAGCCAUCCAGACCAUUACAACACAAGCAGCAAAUUCUCAGGGGUGGACAUGAAUUCAGCACGACUCUUGUUUCACAAGCUGAUUCAGCCUGAAUAUCCACAAGUUACACAACUAAUUGCUGCUAAUUUGGAGAAAAACUUAAUUCCAAACCUGACCAGCUCUCCUCCUGACAUAGAAGCACUGAGACUUUACCUCACAUUACCUGAAUGUCCACUUUUUAAUAACCCCAACAGCUUUGUCACACUAGCCAUUCCUUUUGGAAAAGCUGUUGUCAGCCUGAAAGAGGCACCCUUGAAGGUGCUUGAAAACUGGUGGUCAAGGCUGGAGCCACCAGUGUUCCAGCGCCUUGUGGAGCUCUACAAGGAUGUUGUGGUGAGCCUGCUGAGGAUGCACAAAGUGGGCAUCCCAUUGUCAGAGCAGAGGAUAUUCACGAGCUUCCUCCACGUCUCACUGAAAUUUCUGGAGAUCUUACACACUGUAAACGAAAAGGCGGGGCAGAUUAUACAGUAUGAUAAAUUCUACAUCCAUGAGUUGGAUGACCUGAUUGACAUCAAGAAUGACUACAUCAACUGGAUUCAGCAGCAGAUGUUCUCAAUGGUGCCAGAGAUUCCUGUGACUCUGUGCAGAUACCCAUUUGUGUUUGAUGCCCAAGCAAAGACAACGUUGCUUCAGACGGAUGCAGUGUUACAGAUGCAGAUGGCAGUUGACCAAGCUCAGAGGCAGAACUUCUCCUCUCUGUUCCUGCCCGUGGUGGAGUCUGUUAACCCUUGCCUGAUUCUCAUCGUCAGGAGGGAGAACAUCGUUGGGGACACUAUGGAGGUUUUGAGGAAAUCCAAGAAUGUGGACUACAAGAAACCUUUGAAGGUGAUUUUUGUUGGGGAAGAAGCUGUGGAUGCAGGAGGUGUCCGAAAAGAGUUCUUCCUGCUAAUCAUGAAAGAACUUCUUGACCCGAAGUAUGGCAUGUUUAGGUACUACGAGGACUCCAGACUCAUUUGGUUCUCAGACAAGACAUUUGAAGACAUUGAAUUGUUUCAUCUGAUUGGAGCCAUUUGUGGUUUAGCCAUCUACAACCUGACCAUUGUGGAGCUCAACUUCCCUUUAGCUCUGUACAAGAAGCUCCUGAAGAAAAAACCAACACUUGAAGACUUAAAGGAGCUCAUGCCUGAGGUUGGCAGAAAUUUGCAGCAAUUGCUAGACUACACGGAAGAUGUGGAUGAAGCGUUCUGUUUAAACUUCACAAUCACAGUGGAAAACUUUGGCACAACAGAAGUUUUGGAACUUGUUCCGAAUGGCAUGCAUAUCACUGUUAAUAAUUCAAACAGGCAGGAGUUUGUGACAGCAUAUGUCGACUACAUUUUCAAUUCAUCCGUGGCUCCUCUGUUUAACGAAUUCUACGCUGGCUUCCACAAAGUGUGCGGCGGUAAAGUUCUUGAGCUCUUCCAACCCAGUGAACUCCAGGCAAUGGUCAUUGGGAACACAAACUAUGACUGGAAGGAGCUGGAAAAGACCACAGAGUACAAAGGGGAGUACUGGGCUGAACACCCUACAAUAAAGCUCUUCUGGGAGGUAUUCCAUGAGCUUCCUUUGGAGAAGAAGAAACAGUUUCUCUUGUUCCUGACUGGAAGUGACCGCAUCCCCAUCCUGGGCAUGAAAUCUCUCAAGCUGGUCAUCCAGCCGACAGGAGGAGGAGAGCACUACCUGCCCGUUGCUCACACGUGUUUUAACUUACUGGACCUCCCGAAGUACACGGAGAAAGAGAAGCUACAUGACAAGCUUCUGCAAGCCAUUGACCACUAUCAAGGCUUCAAUCUUGUGUGAAAUUCUAAUGGGAAUAUGGUACAUAUACUGCUGACUUUUUGUAUACUUUUUCCCCACUAGUCCACCUUAUUAAAUCAGUUUUUUUUUUUUUUUUUUUUUUGCUGGAUGAGAUGCUGCCUGUGGGUGAACUAUUUUGAAUUGUUUCCUCAUGUAGCUAAUGACUCAGUUGGAGCCUUUUCUUCUAUUAACUGGAUUAAAUCAAGGUUCCAUAGUGAGAAAUUUAGAUGUGCCAUUCUGUAGAGCUGCAACAUGAGCUUUUCCACCUGUUUUGACUGGCAUUAUUUAGGCCCAUGCCCUGGUAUAAGUUUCACAGAAUCCCUCACAGCUUGGGAAAGGUAAGUAUAAGGAGAAUGGUGGCAGACUCUGCAUGUUGAGCAUAAAUUCCUCUUCACUACAAAUAAAGAUUUACAGAUGAUUUGUACGACUACUUCCUGCCUCAGCCGAA